AUGGAUCUUGUGCUGGAGACGUUGACGGGUGCUGAAUGGGGGCUGAGCGAGGACGAAAAACGGUACGGUUUAGCGGUUCUAAGCGAGGUGCUGCAGUCCGAUACGAACGACUAUGAAAAGUACUUCUCGUCGAGCGCUGUGGAGGGCAGUGUGGUGGAGGAUAUUGCGGAGGUCGAUGCUCAGAUCUCUGCAAUUGAACGGAGACUGAGAAGUCUGCUGGUGGACAACAAGACGGAAGUGAUACGAGAGGCGCUGGAUAGCGAUGCGGCAAUCGGCAGCAAGAUAGUGGAGAUUCGCCAGGGGUUGGAGCAGUUGUGGGAACUCGACAAUGAGGAUGUGUCUAGGAGCCGCGAGGUGGCCGAAAACGGGGAGCUUCUGGCGCUGUUAGAUCCAAAGGACGCGCAUGAAGGCGUGGGGACGAAGUCGGAGGACGAGUUCCACGCCGCUCUGAAUAAACUGAAGGAUCGGGUGCGACAGGAGCAGAGCGGCGAUCAUGAAGAGAUGGCCAGAGGGCUCGGAGUGGUGCUGGAAAACCUGACCAAGAUGACAGAUCUCAUGGAGCUGCCGUUCCUGGCGCGAACUUGUAUCAGAACGGGCCACUACCGAGAGGCCGUGAUGCUCUACAAUUUCUCGAAAUCUCUGCCGAACAAAUUUCCGGGAUCCAGCAUCGUCGAGCGGAUCCAUCGCAACGUCUCGGACGAGACCACAAUGACGAUGUUGACUGGCCUGGUGAGGUUGCUGUCGACCAACCUCACGGCAAACCAGCUGAAGAAGCUCCUGAACUACCUCGUCGCGAUCCCCCCCUUCGACGGCAAGGACAAGAGCUGUCUCCUGCAGGUGUACCUGCGGAUGAGGCGCGCUUUCAUCAAGCAAGAGUGCUCGGCGUACUCGCUGGCCGUGGAGCGGUCAAACGAUGCUUUACGGGAGAUGAUGAUCAAGCGGAAAAUUGAAGUCCUGCGAGAGCAUAUGCACAUGUCCUUGAGCGUCUUCGCCGAGAAUUACGAGACCAAACUUGCCCCAUUGUGGAUUCCACUGGACACCAAACUACUCGCGAGCGAAGAUGAGAAGCGGAUCCCAACCAGUCCCUUCGUACUUCGCUUCAUCAACGACUGUCUAGACGAUUUUCUGCAAGAACUGCUCGACGCGCAUCUCGAGCAGACGCUCAGCGACUCGGUAUGCCUCCAGUUGGUUUACUGUUCAUUCCGUCUACGUGACCUGAACCAGAACUACCACAGCCUGUUCCUCAACAAGAUAUGCGAGUCGAAUCUUUUCGCCGUAGAACAAGUCAAGGACGCCAUAGAGAAGAGACGAGAACUAGCAUCAAAAUACACAUAG